AUGGCGGCGGCGGCUGCAUUGGCAGCGGAUGAAGCAGCGGGCGCGGGGCCGGCGCGCCGCCCUGUCCUUCGCGACCAUCGCUGUGGUGCUGGGACUGCCGCUGUGGUGGAAGACAACCGAGACCUACCGCGCUGCGCUGCCCUACGCGGACAUCGAUGGACUCGGCCGGCAGCUGUGAGAACCAGCGUCACGUCCCGCUAUGAGAUGCACUAUCGCCACACUACGGGUCAGGAGGAGGCAGCACUGGCUGCAGUGACUGCACGAGAGGCUGAUGCUGCUUUGCACCCACUGCAGGACACUACCAUGGGCUCUCUGACCAUGUAUGUGGUCUCUGAAACCUCCUCUCUCCUGCCUCAGGGCAUCAGUGUCUAUGUGGGGAAGCACCGCAGUGCCCUGGUGAGGGCUGUGGGCAGCCUGGCCGCCCUGCAGGCCCGGCUCAGGGAGGUGACACAGGUGAUGUCCUUCACGGCCAGCUCCAUCGCCACCGCCCUGUCGGACCGCGUGCCCAAUGGACAGCUCAGCCCUGAUGCACGGCGGUACCUGAAAUCCAGCCUGGGAUACGAGAUCACCUUCAGCCUGCUGAACCCUGACCCCAAGUCCCACACUGUGGACUGGGACAUUGAGGGGGCUGUGAACCGCUACGUGAAGCCUGUUCUGGACAAACUGAGCUUGGUGGCCAACUUCUCUGUGGAUUCACAGAUCCUGUACUACGCUGUCCUAGGAGUGACACCACGCUAUAACAAGGAGUCCUCCAGCUUCCUCCUGAGUGCUCACAGCCUCCCACAUGUCAUCAACCCUGUGGAGGCCCGGCUGGGCUCCAGUGCUGCCUCACUCUACCCUGUUCUGAACUUCCUGCUGUAUGUGCCAGAGCGCUCCCACUCCCCUCUGUACAUCCACGACAAGGAUGGAGCCCCAGUGAGCACCAACGCCUUCCACAGCCCUCGCUGGGGUGGCAUAAUGGUUUACAAUGUUGAAGCCCCUGUUUCCUCCCAAGCCUCCCUCCCUUUGCAUGUAGAUGUGGACAUGGCACGAGUGAUGGAGGUUUUCCUGGCCCAGCUCCGGUUACUCUUUGGGCUAUCUCAGGAAGAGGUGCCCCCUGAAUUUCUGCUGGAAAGCCCAGGGAAUGAGGGGCUGGCUGACUGGGAGCUGGACCACCUCCUCUGGGCCCACACUGUGGAGAACAUCGCUACUGUGUCCACCACCCUGACCUCGCUGGCCCAGCUCCUGGACAAGAUUGGGAACAUUGUCAUCAAGGAUGAUGUUGCCUCUGAGGUGUACCGGGCAGUGGCCUCAGUCCAGAGUGCUGUGACCAAGCUGUCCCUGGGCCAUCUGCAUGCAGCUUUCCAGGCCAGCAAGGAGGCUGUCACCUCCUCAGAGAGGGCCUUCUUUGACCCAUCUCUCCUCCAUCUCCUCUACUUCCCUGAUGACCAGAAGUUUGCCAUUUACAUCCCGCUCUUCCUGCCCAUGGCUGUCCCAAUUCUCCUAUCCUUGGCCAAGAUUGUCCGGGAGACCAGGCUCCGUAAGAAGGAGCCCACCAAGAUGGACUGAGAGAUGGUGCCCUGGCUUGGGGCUGUCCACACCCACUGGGAGGCUGUUGUUACAGACCCACGGCCCAGAAGGGCACCCCAGGGCCAGGCCUGGCUGCUGGGCUUGGCUGUGCCAGGGCCAGGAUGCAGGAGCGGGAAGAGAGGUUGCUUCAGGAGGUGGGAAGGGGUCUCAGUUUAGGUGCUGAGCCCUCCUGCCCCCCUAGAGGCAGAGAGGGGAGGGAGGGUGCUACCUUGGUGCACCCCGAGCCUGGUGCUGUAUUUAGAAGAAGCUGCUGUGUAAAUAAA